UUUCUUAAGACCGAAGAUGGAUCUUUCUUGUUUCAUUGUCAUCUCUUUGGCUACCAUGGCUUGUAACAUGGUUGGUGAGAGUGCAAGCGUGCCUGCACUUUAUGUGUUCGGGGACUCAUUGGUUGAUAAUGGCAAUAACAAUUACUGGACCACGACGGCAAAGGCAAACUUCCCCCACAAUGGCGUCGAUUUUCCAGGCGGGACUCCGACAGGGAGGUGGAGUAAUGGCUACAAUACCAUAGAUUUCUUGGCUUCGAUGCUAGGAUUUGAUUCAGCCCCCCAGCCAUAUCUUUCACCGGUCAAGAAUACAACGCAAGGAGCAAACUUCGCCUCCGGGGGUUCUGGAAUUCUUGAUACUACUGGACCAACCACCAUUCCCCUCAGCACUCAGAUCAACUUCUUUCAAUCCGUUGCUCAAAACCUCAUGCAACAAAUGGGAAGUCAACAGGCCACACUUCACCUCUCAAAGUCUUUAUUCCUCAUCAGCCCAGGAAGCAAUGACAUGGUCGCAUAUUACAUGGGCGGAUCUGGCCCUCCAAGUGAAAUAACAAAGCAGCUCCUCAUCAACUCUCUUGUACAGGAGCUGGAGACUCACUUAAGGAACUUGUACCAGCUUGGAGCAAGAAAAUUUUGGAUGCAGGGUCUCUUUUGCAUCGGAUGUGUUCCAUCUUCGAGAAUCAUAAACCCCUCAGGGGGAUGUGUGGAGGACGGGAACGAUUUGGCUAGACGGUUUAAUGCGGCUGUCACACAACUAAUGGACCGUCUCAGUUCCACUUUGGCGGGGAUGAAGUACUCCCAUGCAAAUGUCUUCAGCAUGAUGUCUGCAGUGCUAGCAAAUCCUAGUGCAUUUGGCAUGAAAGAAGUCCGGAGUGCAUGCUGUGGAGGUGGAAUAAACAAUGCGCAGCUUCCAUGUACACCAACUGCUUCAAUGUGCCCUGACCGUAACGAAUACUUGUUCUGGGACUUUGUUCAUCCCACACAGGCCACAUAUAAUCUAGUGGCAUUGCAGUCAUUCAAUGGCUCACAAAACUUUGCCACACCCAUAAACUUGAUGCAAUUGGCUCAAAGUUAGCAGUUUCUGGGUGUCGAAGCCUUCAAAGAAAUGGACCUUAGUUUGUUUCCUGUGGCUUGUAUACCACAUAAUAAAACUAGGAAUUCUAAUGCAGAAAAAGAAAAACGUCUUGAUAUUCAAAUCUCCUUUUGCUCAUCUUACUACAAAUUAUUGAACAA